AUGAUGGCCUCAGUUGUGUGGGAUGCAGCAAAUGUGCUGCAGGUUUACCACCAUCGUAGAUGCAUCGGUAUCACCACAAAAAACACACGUUGUUCAUUGACAAUCAAGGAACCACGCCUCUCGGCAAUUGCUCCGUUACUCGGCCGGAUGUCGCGAAACUCUCCGGAAUUAGUUACUGAACAAACUCUGUUCCAACUAGCUGAUUUAUGCCUCUGUAAGACAUACCAUGCAGCCCACGUAUACAAAUUCGUGGGACUUUGGACAAGCGUGAUAAAAGAGGUAGUAUCCGUAGAGCAACGGAAGCUUACUUUGCAAAACGAAAUCACGACAUUGUCUCAUCAGACAUUGAAUCUACAACGGCUCGUUUCAAACCUCCAGGCGGACCUUGUCGCGGAAAGGCGAGCAAAUGCGAAGGCACAGAAACAGUUCAAGCAGGACGCUAAAGGGUUGCAAGAAGAGAUCAUAAAUCUCGAACAAGAUCUCCAAGUAAGCGAGGAUCGAAACAAUGUUGGGGAAGCCAAAUUAUCAGCCACAAGAAAAAACUUCGAAAAGCUUCAGGGUCAGGCAUUCAACGACUUGCUCGCUCGCAACAGACUAGAAACAGAGAACAAAUCUUUGAAAGCAGAGAUCGUGGAUACACAGAAGAAGCUUGAUGAUUAUUUGUCGAUCAAAGAGCAGAACCAUGAUCUUGGUAAUCAACUCAAAUCCUUUGAACAUAAAAUUAAAGAGUACUUGGCCAUCGUGGAAGAUACAGCAAACAAAGCCCAUGCGAGCGAAGAGAAAGUCGCAGCUGAACGUGCUGCAAAAGAGGCCAUGGAGAACCGCUACAAGGCUCAGAUUACAGAACAAGAGGCUGAAAUCACAGGACUCAAGAGUCACAGGGAGAAAUUGGAACACUCAGUUGCUCGACUUCAAGCAAGUGUUAAGACGUGUUGGUGGCAUAGGUUCCGGGCGUGGAAGGACCGAUUUCGAAAGAGGGACAGAUCAGGGUCUUGGGUAAGUAUUACGGGUGAAUCGGCCGAGGAUAUCACUCUUAGAACAUACAGUUGA